AUGCCCAAUGGCAAGAAAUACGUGUUUACAGCGAGUGCGCGCGCAGAGGUUCUAUCAGAGCUGUACGGUGUAUUCUGGGGAAACUACUCGCACUUGUUCUUGCCAAAUAACAACUCGAGCUUGCCUAUGCACGCCACACUGAGCGAAGUGCAAUCGAAGCUAAAGUUCUGCGGCGCUGGGGAGCCCGAGCCGGUGGUCCCUGGAAUGUCAUGCGGGCAUAUAUUCAAGAAGGGAGAGAGUUGUUUCAGGUGCAAGGAUUGUGCGCUAGAUGACAGCUGUGUACUGUGCGCGCGAUGCUUUCACGCAUCCAAUCACGCAGACCACAAUGUCAGCUUUUUCAUAGCCCAGCAGUCCGGUGGCUCUUGCGAUUGUGGGGAUGUUGAAGCGUGGCGCAAUCCCAUCGACUGUCCGCACCACCCUCCUGCUCCGGGAGCUCGUGAAGCCCUGGAAGCCGCGGUCCAGCAAGCGAUACGCUCAACCCCUAGAGUCGUUCCGCGUACCAUUCUAGCAUCCGACGUCCUCCCCGUGCAAGAUUACCCACAUCGGGUGACGGUGCCCCACGAGCUGCGGGAAUCUAUGAGCCGCGCCAUCGCCUUUGCGCUCGACUACGUGCUUGAUACUUUGGACUAUUCACCGGAGGAGACGCGUGUGUCGAAGACCGAAUCGGACCUGCGGACGCAAGCCACCGCGGACCCGAUGGUUAAGGAUACAUACACCCUCAUUGUCUGGAACGACGACAAACACGCAUUUGCUGAAGUCACGGACUUGAUUGUUGAUUUAACAGGGCUGCCCAGGGACGACGCGUACCAGAUGACAUGCAGGAUUGAUGAGAUCGGGCGGGAGGUGAUCGACAUGGGGAGCAAUGGAGCCCAUUUGCUAGAAAUGGCCAAGAAGAUCGCUAUGGUUGACCUUGGGGUGACGGUGAGGAGAGCACACGACACGUUCCGGGAACACAUUUCAAGUGUGAUGAUUGAGUGGUUGCUGGACCUAACGAGGUGUCGAAUAGGCACCGACGCGAUAUACCUGCGGGAGCUCAUCGCCGAGCAGCUGCUCUCUCCCCGUUCACGGGAGACGCUCUCGUACUCGAGUUCGGGACCACUGACCGCUGUCGCCGAUGCUGUCAAUCCAUCUCGACUAACAUGGCUAUUCCUGUUUCAUACCAAACUGUGGAAACGGCCCCGUCUCAACCUUAAAGAGAUAUACGUAUCUGUGCUUAAUCUGAGUCACGAUCAUAAGUUGGCUGUAGCCUCCCAUUUUGCGCACGUCUAUCACCGUGUCAUCGACGCGUAUCUGCUCGUGGAUCGCGAAGCCGAGACGUCCAUUAAGUACUUCGCCUUGCAGCUGUUCACCGUACCCUCCGUUGCUUUACACAUCGUCAAGCACCACAACGUCGUUGCGCGCCUGCUCAACGUAAUUGUUGCCUUCUUCACGAACCAAAUCCAAGACAAACGCAUUGUAAUGAACCCGCGAUGGAAUGCAGAUCUCGACGUCGAGGCAUCCCCAUUCAAGUCUAAGCGCUUCAUGCCGGUUUUCAGCGACCUCCGGUAUCUCUGCCACAACGAGCCUGUGCAGCAGCUCAUUGCGCAUAAUGAAUCGUUCAUCCGAAUGUUCUCAAGCACCUGCCAGCUGUUUAUGUGUAUCAAUCCGAACAAACGCGCAGCAACGAACCACGUCGAAUACGAGACGGAUGCAUGGAUCAGCGUGUUCAAUGUCACUUUGUCGCUGUCACGCGUAAUCAAGGUUUACGGCGAAGCAUUUGGGAGAGCCACGACCGCGGAGCUGGUAGCAGCCAUCGACACGGUCAUACACCAUAUUCUCAGUGUUUGCACGCUGACGAACGAUCGGCUUGACCGGUCUAAGUUCACUCCCAUUGCAUUCCACGACGUGGAAUUUGGAGGUGCGCCGUACCAUAUCGUUAAUUUCGACGUGCUUGAAGGGUGGGUGAGUUUCCAUCACUCGCUCCACUGGCUUCUGGCGGAGUUGUUCAAACAUGUGGAUAUCCUGAGCGACGAGAAUCUGCGAGAAGUAGGUUGCCGUACUCUCCGGGAGUUGCUACUCCAAAAAGCGAGUGAGCGAGCCCUGCUAACUAUGGUGGACUUCCCUCUACGAGUGCUCGCUAUGAUAGCCCAGAUCCGGACGGGCUUGUGGGUACGGAACGGGUUCGCAAUCCGAGGCCAGCUCUUGCAUUACCGGGACUUUAUGCUCAGAGAACUAUGUUAUGACCAGGACCUGUUCAUCCUGCAGACGGCUCUUGUGAUCCUCGAUCCAAGCCUCGUCUUCGUCACGAUAUUGGACCGAUUUCAGCUGCUGCAUUAUUUCUCCGGCGCGACUAUCCAUCCAUUUUACGAGGGACCUCAGCUGAUGGGCAUGGUUGAGGAAGUUCUUUACGUCCUUAUCACCAUUCUGAGCGAGAAAGCCGCCCCUUCCAAGCUCCCGACUCCGGUUGCUAUACGGCGAGAAAUAGUCCAUGCCUUGGCUGUGGGACCCUGCACAUUCACAGAUCUCGUCAAGCGCGUUGCGGAACGUAUGGUAGAGGAUAUCUCUUUCGAGCGUGUCUUGAAAGAGGUGGCAGACUUCAAGCCGCCUGAAGGCCUAACAGAUUCCGGCUUGUACGAAUUGAAGGACGAGGUGUUCGAUGAAGUGACCCCUUUCUUCUACCAUUAUACGCGGAAUAAGCGUGAGGAGGUGGAAACCAUUCUGAAGAACCGAUUGAAGAAGAAAGGCAUCCAGAACCCGGUUAUUGUUCCCCAACCCCUGGACAUCAAUCAUGGACCCUUCACGGUGUUGAAGCAUGCCUUCGAGUCAGAAGCGCUUUUACAGAUCAUAUUCUAUGCCCUUCACAACAUUGUCGAAAUGACCAAAUCCUCUGGUGCAUCACCUCCUUCGUCAGAAGCUAUCCUCGACCAGGGUUUGCAUCUUAUCAUGUUGGCGCUGGUAGAGAGGCCGGUGGUUUUCAGUAAUCUCGCAUUCGCGAAGACCUUUGAACAGAAGACCCUGCUGGAGGUCGUAUGUAGUAUGGAGCACGACAAGGCUUACGUCCCGUAUAAGGAUCGUGUUGUUUGGAUACUUGAUCAGUUCGACCAGCACGUCCCGGCGGCCAUUAGGUUACAUAGGAAAGUCAUUGCCCCUGCUCAAACUGGACCUGAUGCCGAAGAUGAGAAGAAACGCGCUGCUAAGGCGAGGCAAGAAGCAAUAAUGAGGCAGAUGAAGGCUCAGCAAGCUAGUUUCGCGCAUAAUUUCGAUGACGUGGACGACGACGACGAGGAGGACGAGUCGACUUCGGUGGAGCAACCAGAGUCCUAUGGAACUUGCAUCGUAUGUCAAGAGGAUCUGAACUCUGCCAAAGCUUUUGGUCUCCUCGGAUUACUCCAACCAAGCCGUCUCAUACGACGGCACCCAGAUGGUCAGCAUACGUACUUCUAUGAGGCUCUUCAGACGGCACCCAGCUUGGAUCGAUCUAGGCAAACUGCAAAUGACACAAUGUUUCCACCUCCAGACGCGGACGCAAGAGAUGCGAAGAACAGGCAGAAUCUCAGCUUCGACGGAUUUCCUUCCCAGAGCACCCGCUUCGGUGUCUAUGGGUCGAUCUGCAACCAUAUGAUGCACCUGGAAUGUUUUCAGACAUACAGCGCCUCCAUCAGAUCUCGACACCGAGCGCAGCCUACAAGGAAUCAUCCAGAAAAUAUCCCCCGUAAAGAAUAUAUUUGCCCCCUAUGCAAAAGUUUAGGGAACGUUAUCAUCCCCCUGUCUUUACCAACCGAUGCUACCCUCAGCGAAGUGCCAUUUUCUGAUUGGGUCCGAGCUUCAGGGAUCAGUAUACUCAAGUCCAAACCAGACCCCCAACUUGAUGCAUUGCAGUUCAGGAAUGGGACAGGCGAAUUUGUAUUCUGGGCUGCCCAAGAUGUCGGUUAUCCACAGUAUUCAAGGACGCACGACAGGUGGGAAAAUGUUGAAUUGCACAGGAUGGUCGAUACCGUUAUGGUCAUCACUAGGACGCUGUCGCAGCAGACCCGGCACCUCCGAGACCGCCUAGAGCCGCAAGACGGCGAGCGAGGGGUGGGUUUAUAUCUGCCUGAGGAGUUGGUCGGAUAUACGAUCGCAUCUUUAGAGGUGGCUCAGCGUGGCUGUGGCUCUCCUGGUUCCACAGUUGCCGACAGCCUCACAGAUGCUCAGACACGCUGUAUCGGAGGCCUGCUAAGAUGUCUAGUCAAGCUGACUGCAUUACAAUUCAAAGGCAGGGCUGACGAAGGGAAGGACGCCGUGCGACAGGCCAUCAUCAAACGACUACUCCCAGAAUGGAGUCGUAGUUCCCUGACGCCAUUCUCUUCACCGUUACUCCUUCGCGAUCCUUUCACACUGCUGGUGGAGACAGCGGCUGUUGCUCCAGACAUGCUUCGUCAUGUCCUCGUGCUGACAUACUAUGCAUGUCUGGCCCGCACCGUCAUCGGAUUAGUGUAUUUCUGCAGCAAGACGCGCAACUUGAACGGCAGUGUAGGGGCGUACACCUCGCAUGAAGACAUCUUUGGCGACGUGCGGAUCUUCUUCAUGUCUGUCGCUCGUCACUCCCCUGUUUUCGAGCACAAUGCUACUUUGGCCUUUCAGACUUUCGGAGAAUCCCGUCUUGAGAAGCUGCUGUAUUCGUUUACAUUGCCCUUUCUUCGUCGGGCGGCCAUUCUGUGCCGUGCAGUACUCCCAUCUGCCUAUCCUACCCCUACUUUCGAAGGCGAGGAGCCCUCAGAGUAUCGCCGUCUCUUGGUUAUGUUGGGUAUCCCUCCCCUUAGUGACCUGCCUAAGCAAGACACCCUCCAGAAUUGCCUAUCUGGCUGGUGUGCUCACUAUGGCCACUCCCAGGUUGCAUCCCAGUUCAACUUUGGCGUCACUCUCGAAUACCCAACCAUAUAUCGUAUCGCGCAGCUCCCACUGAUCCUGGACAACCUGUUUGGCGACCACGAGAAAGUGAUGACAUGCACGCGAUGCAAGGCUGUCCCUGCUGACGCCGCAAUCUGUCUGAUAUGUGGAACAGUCGUCUGCUUGCAAAGUCACUGUUGCUGGGACCUCGAUGCUAAGAGGGGCGAAUGCAAUAUACAUACGAGAGAGUGCGGAGGCGCUAUCGGGCUGUAUUUCCUCGUGAAACGCUGCUCCGUAUUAUAUCUCUAUGCCGGCAGCGGUGCGUUCCAAUCGCCGCCAUACCUCGACGUGCACGGAGAGGUAGACGUGUCCAUGAGAAGAGGACGAAGACAAUAUCUCCAUCACGCCCGGUGGGAGGAUAUCCGCAAGAAUUGGAUAACCAACGGCAUCCCUACGCUGGUAGCACGGAAAUUAGAGGCUACUGUCGACAAUGGAGGUUGGGAAGCCCUAUAA